ACCUACGAUAUUAUAGCUGACUUAAGUGUUUUGAACGAGUAAUAUGGCGUGUCAUGACAUGCCAACAUUGCUCCCCCUCCCCCCCUGUCUUUUUGUAAGUCUUGUAUUGGUCUUGUGUUGGUCUUACGUUUUUGUAUUACGACCGUCGGAUGCUAGCCCCGGAUGCAAAUGGGUAUUUUGCGAAGUGAAAAAAGGAGAGAGAAAAAGAAGGGGACAGAGAAAAGGAUACGAAAUGCAAACCAGGGUUUCAGG